AUGGAUAUACCAAGUGAUCUUGACUGUCUCGCAGGAGACGAGAAGAGUGAUGAUGGGGAUGAUGAUGAUACCCAGUCAGAUGAAGUUCAGGAACAGCAAAUAUCCUCACAGGAAGACAACCAGAACCAGAACCACAUGACCACUGUUCCAAUAGCCAACGGCCACUACUUAGCAUUGGUCCCAGGCAACAGGAGGCCCAUCGAUCCCACUCUUGCAGCCCACUUUGCCAAGAUUGCACCCCCACCACCUGUGGCGGAGACCAACAGCCAUAUUCGCAGUGGUGGAGAGCAGUUGAGGAGGUUGGAGCAGCACCAGGAGCAGCUGAGAGAGAUGCAGCAACGCCAAGAGCAGGAGAGGCAGAAGAGGCAGUGGCUGGAGGAGGAAAGGCUGAGGCUUGAGCAGCAGAAGCAGCUGGAGAGGCAGCGCAGGGAACUCCUCCAGCUGCAGCUACAGCAGCAGCAGCAGGAGCACCGGCAGCGCAGACAGGUUCUGCAGUGGCAGCUGGAGCUGGAGCAGCAGUACCGGCUGCAGCAGAAACAGCUCCAACAACAACAGCAGCAGAUGAGGAGGAGUCCGUCUGGAGUCAUGCUCUCCCCGUCGUCAGGGCUCUGCACCAUCUACGAAGCCAUGGAAACGAGUGAAGAGGAGGAUGAGGGCAGAGAGGAGUUCGGAGAACAGAAUAGGAACACAAAACAGAAGCUCGAGGUGCUGGGGAGGAGAGUGCCACCCACCCAGACAAUGACACAGGACUUCCACAGACAACUGCGUCCAGUGCCGCCACAGGACCUGGACUGGAACAAGAAGGUCGACAUGGUCCAGCAACUCAUCAGCCAAACCUUGCUGUUGUCUGGAGAUGGAGGCUGCCCACCGCUCCUGCUCCUCCCUGUGGGUACAGGGGGCACCCUGAGUCCCCUGGAGAGCAGCAUGUGGCCCACCCUGCUGUCCCAGUUCAGCCCGCCCUCCGCCACAGUCACCUCGGUCAGCAGCUACUCCCCAGACAGCCAGGGCAGCUCCUCACCAGGAGACUGGACUGUGGUGGAGUUGGAGACCCAACACUGACCACAGGGGCAGGAUGACUAACCAUCUGCCAAUCAAACGGCCAGUAAAUAAGUCAGUUAACCAAUCAAUAUCUCACUCAGUUGAUCAAUCAUUCAGUGCUACACUAGCUGAUCUCUGAACGUGUUAAACAUCAUACCUCUGAAUAUCAGUGAUAAAUCACAUCAUUAUAACACUUAUAACUUUAUGCUGCAUAUAUAUAUAUAUAUAUAUAUAUAUAUAUAUAUAUAAUUUGAAAAUAGCAAAAUAAACCUGAUCACAAGUCAGGUGUCACAUGAACAUGCAUAUUUCACUGUGACUUGAGAAAAAAAUUGCAGAGCUUUAUUUCUAGUCUUGUAUAUAUAUAUAGGCUUAAUAUCAUUACAUUGAAAUCCAUACAAAGACAUGCAUAUCAAUACCUUGCAUUAGAGCUUGUUUCAUUACCAGAAGCACGUAUUGACAAUCCUCAACUGUCUUACUGUGGAAACACUUUUCAUGUGUUCAUUAUGUAUUAUGUAAAGUUUCUUUUAUAUGUUUGCCCUGCUUAGAUCCAGACCAAAUAUUGGUCACCUCUUAAUGAGGGAUUCAGCUAUGACAAAUUGCACUUCCUUUGUCUUCUUUUUUCUGACUGGAAUAUUGUGGAGUAUUUAUACAGGUAAGUGGCAGUACAGUUAAUAGAUUUGUGUUUAGUAAUGAAACCCAAAAUCCUCAGAAAGUGUGUGUGGGGAAAAAAAGAAAAGGGGAAAAAAUAAUUCACUGCCUGUGCUUGAAACAUCUCAUUGUGUGUGUGAGUGGAGAGAGAGGGAGUGAGAGAGAGAGAGAGAGAGAGAGAGAGAACUUUCCAACCAUGGACCUUUUUCAGGCUUUUCGGGGACGAGUCAUGAUGCUGCGAUGUAAUGUUUCCACCCGGGUCUCUGGUCAGCGGUGUCACCAUGAUGUCACUGGACGAGGUUUUCAGAGACUAAAUAGAGCUGUCAGUCACAGAGGAAGAGGGGGGGCGAGAGGGAGAAGAAGGCCC